CUCUCUCUCUCUCUCUGGCCUACGCAGCCCACGGGGCUUUCCCUCUACAUUCCUGUCGUCCGGACCUUGCAGUAGAAAACUUUCAUUUCCCCUAAUUUCAUUUUUGUGAUUUGCCACGUGGAUGCUCUUGUCCAUGGAUCGAGCAAACCAAGUUGCAGGUCUAAGAGCUUCUCUUUUUCAGUCCACUUCGUUCCCAUCUCUUUCAUAUCUCUCUCUCCAUGUGAAAGGCAAAAGAAAGCAAUGAUCUAUCUCUUACAUGUUUAUACAAAAUCGGCAAAUCUCAUCAAUCGGAACGAGGACGAUCUCUACUCUUACUUGAUCCUCAACUGCUGUUCUACUGUUCGAUUAUUAUUUCUCAAUUCACGCGAAAACUUCCGUAUCUGAGAUCCGUCGUGUUUGGGAUUGCUGUGAUCUCCGAGGUGUUUUGGCGAGUCAUCGUUUUGGAUCCGAUCGGGGAAGUGGCAGCGCCGGACGAUGGCGCUGUUCAGAAGGUUGUUCUAUCGGAAGCCGCCAGAUCGGCUUCUGGAGAUCUCCGAGAGGGUUUACGUGUUUGACUGUUGCUUCUCCACGGAUGUUUUGGAAGAUGAUGAGUACAGGGUUUACUUGGGUGGAAUCGUGGCACAACUACAGGACCAUUAUCCUGAUGCCUCUUUCAUGGUAUUCAACUUUAGAGAGGGAGAAAGGAGAAGCCAAAUAUCAGAUAUAUUGACACAGUAUGACAUGACUGUGAUGGACUACCCUAGGCAAUAUGAGGGGUGUCCUUUGUUGCCUUUGGAGAUGAUCUAUCACUUCUUGCGGUCAAGUGAGAGCUGGUUGUCACUGGAAGGGCAACAGAAUGUGCUGCUGAUGCACUGUGAGAGAGGAGGGUGGCCUGUGCUUGCUUUCAUGCUUGCAGGUCUUCUGCUAUAUAGGAAACAGUAUACUGGGGAGCAGAAGACUCUUGAUAUGAUUUACAAGCAAGCUCCUAGGGAGCUCCUUCAUCUCCUGUCUCCUUUAAACCCACAACCUUCACAAAUGAGAUAUCUCCAGUACAUCUCCAGAAGGAAUCUUGGCUCUGAUUGGCCACCACUCGAUAAACCUUUGAUUUUGGAUUUUCUUAUUCUCAGAGUCCUUCCCAUCUUUGAUGGGGAAAAGGGUUGCAGGCCAGUAGUUCGUGUUUAUGGUCAGGACGCUUCAACUUUGACUAAUAGGAGUUCGAAGAUUAUUUUUUCAACUGCAAAGACAAAGAAAAAUGUUCGUCACUAUCGGCAGGCUGAAUGUGCACUUGUGAAAAUGGAUAUCCAUUGCCGUGUUCAAGGUGACGUGGUUCUUGAGUGCAUCCAUUUGUAUGAAGAUCUGGUGCGUGAGGAAAUGAUGUUCCGAGUUAUGUUUAACACAGCAUUUACCCGCUCAAAUAUAUUGAUACUCAACCGUGACGAGGUUGAUGUUUUGUGGGACUCCAAGGACCAUUUUCCGAAGGACUUCAAAGCAGAGGUAAUAUUUUCAGACUCCGAUGCUCUUGGUUCCAACGUCUCCUCAGAAGUGGCAACUGAAGAUGGAGACGAGACAGAAGGGGCUUCAACAGAGGAGUUUUAUGAGGCAGAGGAGAUCUUCAGCAAUGCUGAUGGGCAUAGUGGAAAAGGGGAUCCUGAUAUGCAAGAAGUUUCAGAAAGCAUGUUCUAUGAUGUGAAUUCCAAACCAGAGAGGAAGGAGGAUAUUGAUCUCCAAACAAGUAAAGGGAGCGCAAUGGAUGAAGUGAAUCAGAAACGAGAUAGAAAGCAGGACUCAGAUUUACAGACAAAUGAAAACAAGACUUUUGAUGAUGGGAAUCAUAAAGUGGCAACAAAUGAGGAUGAAAACAGAAAACUAGAAUUGAUUUCACUGACCACAGAUGUCCAGCAUGAGAUGGAUAACAAAUCGGCGACUUUUAGCAUGAGUUCCAAACAGCGGAGGAAGGAGGGUAUUGAUCUCUGUGCAGUUAACAAAAUGUGUGAAGGGAAUCAGGAACAAGAAAUGGGGGAGGAUUCUGAUUUACACACAACUCAAGAGAGCACUUUUGAUUAUGGAAAUCACAAGUUGGAAACAAAUGCAGAUACACAUGGAAGACUUGAACCAAAGUUAUCAAUUACCGGUGUGCGCCAUGAAUUGGAAAGCAAAGCAGUGAUUUCUAACAUGCACAGAAAACUAGUUGAGGUGGGCAGUAAAGUGAAUGCACAGAAUAUUGAUACUCAGAAUAACAAAGAUUUGAAGGUUCUGCAGAAAAAGUUGGACACAAUUAUUUGUAGUCCAAAACCUGAGAAAUUGCUCCCGCCCACAUCUAAGAAACAGCCAAUUUCUAAUGCAAAAUUAUCUUCUGACCCAGUUGUAGCUAAGCAAAAGAUUAAAAAGCAAGAAUCUGAAGGAGUUUCUACGAAACCAACAAAACCGAAGACUGUACCUCGAUGGAUCCCACCAAACAAAGGUCCUUUCAGUAACUCUGUAAAUGCACCAUCUCAUCCUCCAUCAAGAUAUAACAGUGCGCCACCUUUUCUCGCCAUUACUUUUGAUUCAAAUGAUUAUGCUGCAAGCGAGUCUCCUAACUCUCUUCCAUCUGUUACUGCCAAUCCCGAAGAUGUGGUUCCAUCUGACCAUCUACCUGAACCAACUGAAGAAGAACACAAAAUUGAUCGAGUUGUACCUUCAAAAUCUGCGAAGGAUGCACCGGCUCCCAAUCCGUUGUCAUUACAACCACCAUCACCACCUCUACCUCCUCCUUCACCUUCUUUUUUGGCUGGUACUUCUGUCCCAUCCCCACAAGUUCCUUUUCCUAGCACUUCAUUGCCUUCUCUGACACCAGGAUCACCUCCACCUAUACACAAAAGAACAACAUCCGCGUCACCUCCUCCACCUCCUCCACCUCCUCCAUGUAAUAAAGUGCAGCCGUCUAUUCCCCCUCCCCCUCCCCUUCCCCCUUCAUCUACAUGCAUUUGGGCAACUCCUCAAGGUCCCCUUCCUGUGAAAAAUGCAGUUGGACCUCCUCCUCCUCCUCCUCCACCCCCGUGCUUUGGUGUAAUGCUCUCCCCUUCACCUUCCCAUCCUCGGAAAACUUUUGAUGGGUCUGUUACCCCUCCUCCACCUCCUCCACCCCCUUGGAAGGCUGGAGCUUCUUCAAAUAGCUCGCUUGUAGCAUCAACACUUCCACCUCCUCCACCCCGUCCACCCCCUCCGCCCUUGUCUUCCAAUGCAACAAAGUCCAUUGGAGUCCCAUGCCCCCCUCCACCUCCAUCUCCACCUCCACCUCCACCUCCACCUCCACCUCCACCGCCUCCUCACUUACAUGGUGGUCCACCUGCACCGCCACCUCCUCCUUUACAUGUGGUUCCAGCUCCACCACCCCCUCCUCCAUUACGUGGAACUCUAGCUCCCCCUCCACCAUCUCCCUCUCCUACUCCACCACCUUUCAUGCAUGGAGCUCCACCUCCACCACCUCCCCCACCUCCCCCUACUCCUCCACCACCUUUCACGCGUGGAGCUCCACCUCCUCCACCACCACCACCACCACCACUGCAUGGAGCCCCACCUCCUCCUCCACCACCUCCAAUACAUGGAGCUCCACCUCCACCACCACCCCCUCCCUUACGUGGCGGUCCACCUGUGCCACCACCUCCUCCCUUAUAUGGGUCUCCACCUCCACCUCCACCUCCACCUCCACCUCCUAGUGGAGCUCCACCUCCUAGUGGAGCUCCACCUCCACCACCACCUCCAAUGCGUGGAACUCCACCUCCACCACCUCCUCCCAUGCGUGGUCCACCACCUCCUCCACCUCCAAUGCGAGGAGCUCCGCCGCCACCACCCCCUCCCGGUGGGGCUCCACCUCCACCACCACCUCCUGGAGCUCCUCGUGCUCCUGGUGCUCCUCCCCCGCCUAGACCUCCAGGUGGUGCACCUCCUCCACCCCCUCCCUUUGGAAGUAAAGGGGGAGCUCCACCUCCUCCAGCUGAUGCAAGAAGUUUAGCAUCAGGAAGGGGGCGUGGACUUAUACGUCCUGGAGGUGCAAAUGUGUCUGCACCUCGAAGGUCGUCAUUGAAGCCGCUACACUGGGUGAAGGUAACAAGAGCAGUGCAAGGAAGCUUGUGGGCAGAAUUACAGAGAUAUGGAGAACCUCCAACUGCACCAGAAUUUGACGUUUCGGAGCUCGAGAGUCUCUUCUCUGCCAAUGUUCCGAAGCCAGCUGAUAGCUCAGGGGGUAAAUCUGGAGGGCGACGCAAGUCAGUCGGAUCAAAAACAGAAAAAGUGCACCUGGUUGAUUUAAGGCGGGCCAAUAAUGUUGAAAUUAUGCUCACAAAAGUUAAGAUGCCACUUCCUGAUAUGAUGAGUGCAGCAUUAGCAUUGGAUGAUUCAAUUUUAGAUGUUGAUCAGGUGGAAAAUCUUAUAAAGUUCUGUCCUGUGAAAGAGGAGAUGGAACUUCUGAAGGGCUACACUGGUGAUAAAGAAAAUCUGGGGAAGUGUGAACAGUUUUUUUUGGAGUUGAUGAAGGUGCCACGGGUGGAAUCCAAACUACGAGUAUUUUCUUUCAAGAUUCAAUUUGUCUCUCAGACUACAGAUUUUAGAAAGAGUCUGAAUACUGUAAACACUGCAUGUGAUGAGGUACGAAAUUCAGUCAAAUUGAAGGAAAUUUUGAAGAAAAUCUUAUAUCUUGGGAAUACGUUAAACCAAGGAACUGCAAGGGGUUCUGCCAUUGGGUUCAAGUUGGACAGCCUUCUAAAACUCACUGAUACACGUGCUUCUAACAGCAAGAUGACUUUAAUGCAUUACCUUUGUAAGGUGCUAGCCUCCAAGACACCAGAACUUCUAGAUUUUCAUCUGGAUCUGGUUAGCCUCGACUCUGCAUCAAAGAUACAACUAAAGUCCUUAGCAGAAGAAAUGCAAGCCAUAAUCAAAGGGUUAGAAAAGGUCAAGCAAGAGCUGGUUGCAUCUGAAAAUGAUGGUCCUGUGUCAGAAGUUUUUCGCAAGACAUUGAAGGAAUUCAUUGGCGUUGCUGAAAUUGAAGUGACAUCCUUAACUACAUUUUAUGCUGCAGUGGGUAGAAAUGCAGACGCACUUGCCCUUUAUUUUGGUGAAGACCCUGCUCGUUGCCCAUUUGAGCAAGUAACUGCAACUCUCUUAAAUUUUGUGAGGAUGUUCCGGAGAGCACAUGAGGAGAACUGUAAGCAAGCUGAGCUGGAGAGGAAGAAAGCCCAGAAGGAGGCUGAAAUGGACAAGGCAAAGGGUAUUAACCUGACGAAGAAAAAUGCAACAUAGCUCCAAGUGCUUUCUCCAUAACUCCACACCGGAACCCUAGUACCCCCAUGCAGCUGUCGGGGGAUGUGAAUAGAAACAUACGACGGCGAAGUUGAACUGCUUCAAAUUCAGCCCAACCCUCAUUUUUUAGGAAUCUUGCAAUGGUAUUUUGGGGAACCAGGGCAGAUGUCCUUGCAUUGUAAAGCACAAGUCUGGGAUGUAUCCAUGAACUGUGUACAUAGCUCUAACCUUACUAACAAUUGAUUCUUUUUUCAUGUAACAUAAAUGGUAGUUUUGUUUUUCUUUUUUGUUUAGAGUUUGACAGGGGUCAACAUCAUGAAGAUUUUGUAUAGAAGUUGAGAAAUUAAAGGAAAAUUGAGAAGGCAGGCAUUCUUACUGUAAGUGUAAUAUAAUCACAUGUAGGUUGUGAGUUGAGAGCCCAUUUUUUGUUGUUUCACUCACCAUUUGUUAGAACAUUUCUCAUUUCACAAAAGGAAAUAUAUUUCUCGAGUUAAUCUAUCA